UCAUCAGUGUGGGCGUUGCUCCCUUGCUUUCACUGUCUAUGGUUGCUCCCACAACAACAUGCGUCGUAGGCGGACCGAGGGGUACUCACGAGCCAAGUGACAGCGGAGACGGUUAACCAGCCAUAACGACAGGGCCAACUUAGUCAUUACAGUUGGCGCAACACAAUAUUGAAGGUUUUUUGUGGCAGUCAGAGAGAAAAUAAUCUCGUUAAGUGACGUUUUCUCACUUGAGGGUGUCUGGUUUCCUCAGUCCGAGGGAUUGCGAUGCCCUCUGACUUUAUCUCCCUUUUCAGCGGGGACCUCGACCUGAAUUCUCCCAGAUCCUUGUACUCAAAAGAAUCAGCGUAUGACCUUCUUCCCAGAGAGCUACAGUUGCCUUCCACCACUCAGCAGAGCCCAAAAGUCAUGAGUCAAAAGAGCGGCGGAGAGGCAGGGCCUCCCCCUUCAGCUGCUCUGGCAUCAGGAAGUUCCCUCUGAAGCAGGGAGUGUCUGCAUAUAAAUGGUCUGCAGUUCUCUGCUUCAUAGGUCAGAAGCUUGUUUAUUUUGUCUCUGUGGCUACGUUCAGUCCAAACCAAAUAUACUUUUGUAGCAAGAGAAAAUAAAAAAAUUCAAAGUAAAAGCUCCAAUAAUUGGCAUGCAUCAUAUUGUACAUAGUACUAUUUUGGACUUCCCUCUCCAUUUUGGCAACUUUUUCCAGUUGAACAUGAACAAAACGCUAAUAAUAACAAUGAUCAAUUCUUUCAGUUGUUUUAGUUGGAAGUUAGUUUAUUCCCAAGCAUUUUAAGUCUUAUCUAAUUUUUUUCAAUAUGGGGGACUGCUCACCUCAUCUCUUCUUUGGCCCCUUUUUAGCCAAACCUAUACUGUGCUUCACAUACUUUUACAUUUACACACACACGCACACACGCACACAAGCACACACUAAACAAAAUUUAAACAAUCAUGAACAAAUUUUGCAGCUUAAAUCGGACUGCUAGCCAACACUGGUUGAGGGGUUUUUAUUCAUUUCUAAUUAUUUGACUGUUGCCAUGUCCCCCUCCAUCCAUGGGGGCCCCGAAGUGUUUUUCCCCAAACCUUUUUCCACCCCCACCAUGCACCAGUGCUUCACCGUCACAAAAACCCAGUUCACACACCAAAAUUUUGACCUGGGGACACCCGGGGGGAAUCCGAGGGUUUUCCAAUUUGGGCGGAACAGAAGCUGGGAAUGGUAAAUACAGCAGGGGCAGCAUUGAGCUUGGAGGAGGAAGAGGCAUAACAUCCCAGGAGGCCCAGCCACAUCACCAGAUGACCCCAUCUAAGCGCCGCACCAUACUGAACAUCUCUCCACCUCCACAAGACCUGUUUGAUGACAGCCAGAUGUCCUGCCAGGAUGAAACGUCCCUGGACUCAGAACAGAGUAGCAGCAUCUGGAUGGAAGACUCUCUCUCUAACUUCAGUAUCAUGAGCACCAUCUCUUACAAUGACAACACAGAGGUGCCACGAAAGUCCCGCAAACGCACCCCUCGGCAAAGACCUGGUCCUAAGUCUGUGCCUGCAGGAGAAGCUAGCAUGGAUGUGUUUGAUGCAGACAGUGCCAAAGGUCCACACUUUGUCCUGUCACAGCUAGGUCCUGACAACAAGACUGGAUCAAAAGGAAGCUCUGAUGAUCCUCAGAAAACUAACCAGAAAGGAGGAACUUUAUCGAUGCAAUACCCACAGAAGAGUGAGGGGAAGGAGGUGAAGAUUCUCGUCCAGCCUGAGACUCAGCACCGAGCCCGCUAUCUGACUGAAGGCAGCAGAGGGUCAGUGAAGGACCGCACUCAGCAGGGCUUCCCUACUGUAAAGCUGGAGGGAGUAAAUGAGCCAGUGGUUUUGCAGGUGUUUGUUGGCAACGACACUGGACGUGUUAAGCCUCAUGGUUUUUACCAAGCUUGCAAGGUGACCGGCCGCAACACCACAGCCUGCAAAGAGGUGGACAUUGAUGGCACAACUGUCAUCGAGGUGUACCUUGAUCCAAGCACCAACAUGACACUAGCGGUGGACUGUGUUGGGAUCUUGAAGCUACGUAAUGCUGAUGUCGAGGCUCGCAUCGGUGUGGCCGGAUCAAAGAAGAAGAGCACGCGCGCUCGGCUGGUGUUUAGGGUAAACAUCCCCCGUCCAGAUGGAUCAGUGCUCACACUACAGACUCCAUCAUCUCCAAUCCUGUGUACUCAGCCUGCAGGAGUGCCUGAGAUCCUGAAGAAGUCACUACACAGCUGUUCAGUGAGGGGUGGAGAAGAGGUCUUUAUCAUUGGCAAAAACUUUCUUAAAGACACUAAAGUCAUAUUUCAGGAGAAUGUUUCUGAUGAUAAAUCAUGGAAGGCGGAGGCUGAAAUUGACAAAGAGCUGUUUCACCAGAAUCAUUUGAUAGUGAAGGUUCCUCCGUACCAGAACCAAGCCAUCACCUCUUCAGUGUGUGUGGGAAUCUAUGUGGUGACGAAUGCUGGGAGAUCCCAUGAUGUUCAGCCUUUUACCUACACACCAGAUUCAGCAAAAACUGAUGUACCUGUAAAGAAAGAGGCGCCUUCUCCAGUGAAGACUUGCUCAUUUGAUGAGCAAAUUAAAGUUCUAGAUGCUGCCUUGAUGCCUUCCAUGUUGCCUUUAGUGAAGAGAGAAGAUGUCACUCCGAUGGAGGUCACCAGCAACCUCCAAUCUUCUGGUGUAUUUAAGCAGCCUGGUGACCUGUGUCCAGCCCAGCAGAACCCAGACAUGUCUGCAGGACAUCUUAAUGAAAACAGACCAUUCUCCAACAACCUGUCUCAGCCUGCAGGCGACCCUGACAAAGGUCAGGCACCUGUUUUUCUCAAUACAGAGCCCUUAAGCACUAUCCAGAAGCAGGACAUGGCAGCCGCCAGCUCUUUUUCUGUGCCUGCUGACUCACUGCUCCAGCAGGGAUCACAGCAGUUCCUUCUGGAGCCCAGAGAGGGCCUCGGACAGGAGAGGCCCGGCAGCAACUCUGGAGCUGUGGGGAGGCUGUGUGGAGAACCUACGCCACAACAGCAGCAACUGACGAUGUUCCCCCCUGAUGAAGUAGCCCAGCUGGAGGAGGCAGUGAGGCAACUUAAAGCCAAAGGGUUCUGUAACUUACCACUUCAGUCUGACAACUCAAUGGCCAAACACCAGCAACAACACAUGCAGCACCAACAACAGAUCCAAAAACAGCAAAUUCAGCAGCAACACAUCCAGCAACAACAGCUGCAACAGCAGCAACAGCAGCAGGUUUUGGAGAAUUUACAGCAGCAGCUGUUUCAGUCACAGAUACAAAUGCAGUGUGGCAUGUUUCAGGAUGAUCCUCAGGGCAAGAACGCAGAGCAGGGCUCAUCACAAGGAGUGGUACCAAACCAGGGGACUCUUUUCCAACAGGCCCAACAGCAGCAUCAACAACAGCAGCAGCAACAGCAACAAGCAGCUCUAUUUCAGCAGGCGAGUGACCUGCUCUCUAUUCAGACCAACUUCCUCCAGCAGACCCCCUCACACCCUUCACCACCCAUGUUCCACAAUCCCAGUUCUUUGGCUGAAACACAAGAUCCACAAGGGGGGUUGUUUCAGGAAGCCUCUCAGGAGCAGGUCCAGGCUGCUCUCUUCCAAAACACCAUGACAGUACUACAGUCUCCGGACCAACGGCCCUCAACCCCGGGACUUUUCCUCCCUCAGCCAUCCCUGCCCUCUCAGCUCACAACCAGUAGUGCACAGCAGCAGCAGCAGCAGCAGCAGCAGCAGCAGCAGCAGCAGCAGCAGCUGGCCUUCCUUAGUGCUCUACAAACACCUGCCCCUGAACCACAAUCAGUGUUUCAGGCUCAAGCACAGCUCUCCCCUAUCCAACAAAGAAGCCCCAUGGAGCAGCAGCAGCCCUCCCAGCCUCAGCCCCACACACAGCCGGCCCAGCAGGCUUCCCUGUUUCAGAACAUCUCCCCACAUCCAUCUGCAAACACACUCUCUCCAGGCCAGCAGCAGCAACAGCAAGCUGGCCUACUGUUCUGCAACAACCCCCUGUCCACUCCGGAUCAGACCUCCAACCUCCUGUUCAGCAGCCAGGGCCAGAUGCCACCGCUGACCAGCAGCAGUCUAGUUUCCCAAGAGCCCCCAAACCCCUCUCUGCUCUUUUCCCAGGCCAGCAUGGUGACAGUAAACCAGCAGGAUCGCUCUGAGCCCAUGGCCUUAGGGAACCCCACCGAUCAACGACAGCAGGUCAUGUUUCAGGAGCAACAGCCAAUGCAGCUGGGCAGCAGCUCAAACAACCAGCAGGAGCAGCCUGUGGGGCUAUUUAUGCCUCAGUCUAACAUGGCCUCCCUGCAGGGGGGACUGGCAGCUCAGGAGCUCGCACAGUCAGCCAUGUUUGUCUCACAGAACGGCGUGGCAAGCCACCAGACGACCACCUCCUCUCCUGUUCAACAGCCAGGGACUCUGUUUCAGACCGCUGUCAGUGGGAGCAUUAAUCAGCCCAGUCAGCCUCAACAACCUGGCCUCUUCCUUUUUGGGAUUGAUAACGAAUGUGGCCAGCUGAUGAACACUCCUGGAAACACGUUGUCAGAUCAGAUUAUUGCCAUCAGCCAAUCUGGUCAGAAUCAAAGAGAGAGUGACGCACACAUCCAGUCCCUGCUCAGCCAGUCCCUGUCUCAGUCUCGACCUGUGCAGAACAGCAUGAGUGCCUCUCAAAAUAUGGAGAAAAUUGAUGACCUGCUGGUCAGUCUGCAGGACUCAGGCAGCAACUUAACCCGUUCAUACUAACCUUUAUGCAGGUUCACGGAUUGUUUUUUAUUUUGAUAUGUGGAAUAAUUGUAAAAUAUAGACAAAAAAGUCUAAAUAUUGUCUGUUAAUAAGCCCAUGCAGUAAAAGAUUUGUAAAUUGGUCUUGCAUCAUGAGGUUUGAGACAAGUCUCUUCCUUUUAAUGAAUAUUCUCCAGAGUGGCCUGGAUGAUAUCUUUUAUCUCAUUUUAAGGACAAAAUGACAAAUUAAUGUCCAGACAGGAAUUUGGUUUGGAACUUCUUGGCUGGGUGGGCUGGCUGAGAAAGAGAAUGUCUCCUAUUAACUUUAUGACUGACUGACUCCUCAUUGUAACAAAGGUGCAAAAUGAGAGGGCUCCAGGCAAUAACAGACAACUUGUCAUUACUGUUCUUUGAGAAAAGCAGCAUUUGGUGCUUUCCUUCAACUUUUCCUCUAAAAAAACAGUAACUUAGCGGUCUUGUUAUUCAUUAACUUGUGAAGUUGUGUGUGUAUCUGUAGAUAGUCAGUGAUUUUAUCUGCAGAUUCUUUCGGUUCUCGUGGUGUUUUCUGAAGUGUUCUCCAGAGUGUUUAGUGGCUUCCAUGAAUCGUGUUCCCUUUAAUUUUCUUUUGUAUUUCUGUUGCGUGGAAGGUGGAGUGUGCGGUGUAACAGGAAGGUUUAGAAAAACUGCGGUAUGUAUGGUUGAAUACAUCCAAGAAUUGGAAUGUAGCCGCUGUUGACAUGGUUUGAAAUUUUUUUCUGUGCCGAAAGUGUAUUAAAAGAAAGUUAGCUGGUUAGAGAUGAGGCAGAGAGGUAGAAGAAAAGUAGGAAAGUGUUCGACACUAAUCUGACAUGUAGUCACAAACAAGCGUCUUUAUUCUGUAUGUGUUGAUUAUAUCAAUACAUAAUAUAUCAAUAUACUCAAGCUGUCUCUGGUAGCCCACAUGGCAUAUAUUUUUAUUAAUAAUAUGACGUAGAAGGAAACCGUGCUCAGUAGGUGUUUUACGAAUGUAAUGUAAUUGGUAACGUGGCAUUUUGUGGCCUGGCUAAAUUAGAUCUAGUCUUGUCUAGACCUGUUUGGUGCAGUAAUACCUGUAAACGAAUAUUUUAGCUGUUGGUGGGACAGUGCAGUGAAGAUGUUCAAUUUCAGCUGUGAAACAUCUUUCAGGACAAGAUACUUUAACAUCUCCACCACAGUGUACAGAUAGCACUUUAUGAUAUCAGUAAGCAAACAUGUUCCGGCUAACAUUUAGUCUGUAUUCAUCAAAACCAAACUAUGUGAGUUUGGUACUUUUUAUAACUGAUUCUCCUUUUUAAUUCAUUAAAGGGGUGAAUCUUUUAAGAAAGUGUGGCGGUAGAAAAAUAACAAAUAUUGGCGGACGCUUUUACAUAUAAAUUCAGCACAUUAUGAUGCUGUUCUUUUUGACCACUUUACUCAUCAAGGGUACAGUACAGUCCCACAAGAGGUGGUGGGUUGUUGUGUAGGGCCGCCUCUUUCUCAUUGUUUACAGUGAAGAAGAUACAUUUUGUAUUAACAUGCUGUUACACCUAUCAACUUUUCAUUCCCAAAGCUAAUACAUUAUUUAUUCCUGAAAACCAGCUAAGAAAUCCGGAGAAAUUAGGAAAUGAGUUAGUUAGUAAGUUAGAUCGAGACGAGACGAUUGAGUCGUUUUUAUUCAGUUAAUAUCAUUUCAGUUAACAUAUACCUUUAUUCAAACACAUCUACAGUAGAGGGAGUAGAAUGUAAUGUUAUUAUUAUUAUGUGUUUUAGUGUCAUUUUAAUGGCAUCAUUCUGCGUCAGGCACGCAUGAACUGGAAUAGUACUCUUAAACAAGCUAGAAAAAAGCCUUUUUUUGUUUUUACCAGUUUUAGUAAUGUUAUUGAUUUAGUGAAUGUUGAGGAGAAGCAACUGUUUGCUGGCUCAACUAUACACAACAGUAUACAUCUCAUCCAGCAGUUGGCUAGUGGCCUCAGGACCAAAGUUUGACUUAAAUCUUGCUUUGCAUAAAUCCUGAUGACAGGCCAGUUUCAUGGCUCAUAAACUUUUAUUUCCUUUUUAUAAAAAUUUCAUUAUAACGAUGUCCUGCUGCCACACUUUCUCUUGUUUGUUGUGAUUUUUUCUUCUGGCAAAAACUGUGUUUGUGUCAUGUUUAGUUUUACUAAGUGUGUGCAUGAACAAUGGGCUGGUCUCUGAUGAUGACAGAAUUAUCUCCGUUUUAUGCCUCAGUCCUCGUCUUGUUUUGUUUGUUAGAAACACAUAAACACCUUUACAUUUUAUACACUUUUAAGUCAGAAAGAGCUAUUGUUUUAUGAUGGAGAUAAUGUUGACUUGGCUAAUGUGAGUCAUUACGGCGUGUCAGUUUGAGUGGUUGUGAGUGCUUUUUAAAGGGACCCUACUCCUGAAGGAAACCUGACUUUGGAGAAAAGAGCUAUCUGUGAUUGGCCUUCUUCAAAUUGUGAAAUAGAAGAACUAAAAUUUCCAGUGUUGAGUAUUUAUGAUUUUAUUUGUUUUUGUUUAUUUUAACUUUAGAUCUUUUGUUACAUAUAUAUACAGUAUAUAUAUAUAUAUUUUUUUUUUAAUCUGUGUAGUACAUAUGCUUCUCUUCGGAGAAGCAUAUGUACUUUAAUUUAUUUGUGUGUUGUUUAUUAUCUAAAUAGUUUCCCGUAAUCAGCUAUGUUUAGAUAUAUUCUAACCAAAUUGAGGACAGCAAUGUGAUCUGGCGCCCCCCACACCUGCUGAUACUAGCACCUUGUGAUGCUGGUGGUGAUGCCUUUGAGACAGUAAAGUGAUUUGUACACUACGAAUAUUAUGCACAUUGCUGUGCACAGUUAUUGUUUUGUUAUAAUAUAGGCCUUCAUGUACAUAUCAUGUGGUUGUUCAAGGCUAAUAAUUGAAUUGCUGGCCCUUUAUUCCUUUUUUACCAAAUAGUUGAACAUUCAAACAGUUAAAACAAUUAUUAAAAUUAGAAAUCCUUCAAAGCAGGGCCAACAAAUGUCAGUGUUUUUACUAUGAAUAUAUACAGUAGAACUGAAUGUGAUUAUACAGUAUGGCUGUAAAUGUCUCUUGUGGAUCCAAAAUGCUCUUUUAUACACAUACUAGGGAGGUAAUUACUUUUUUGAAAUUACAGUUUCCUCAUUUGUGUGUUUCCAAUGUAACUGGAGAUCAGAAAUAUGUAAAAGUGUGACUCAUUAUAGAGUCUCUACUAACUGUACAUGGAAAAGAGGGAGCUUGUUGAUAAAAGUUCUCACAUUUCCUACAGACUCAUACUUUCUCUGUUUCUUGCAAUAGAACAAUUGGGUUUCUUUUAAUAGUAUAAUAGCCAUUUAUUUAAUAUCAACAAAUUAAAUCUGCUGUCACAGGUGUUAUUUUUGUUUCUAAAAUGUCACUUUAGACACUAAUAAAAAAUAUACAUGUGCCUCAAGGAGAUGUUGUAGUAGCGACCAGAUGGAUGUUUUACCAUUGUUGGCUGUUUGAUACCCCUGGUUCUGCCAGUAAUGAUUAGUCUUCAUUAACUAGAAUGUUUUAAGCCAAACAACUUUAAAUGUACUUUAAAUGCUCAACAACAGUGACCAGAUAAAUGUGGUUGUGUUGUGCAAUUUCUGUCAUGCAUCCAACUAGUUUGUACUGAAGUAUCCAUUGCAUUUAUGUUAUACAACGUAGAUGCAGACACAUUUUCCCUGAAACUGCUAUGCAGCUAAUAUACUGUAAAUGUAGGUCUGUUACUUUUUGAAUAUAUAUUUUUCUAAAUAGCAUAAAGUAGAAACCAAAAUAGAUGUUCUUUCUAUUAUUUAUGUUGCUUGUUGAAAUAUUUUCUGAUGCUUUGAGUGCCGCCUGAAACCGAUUUGUAAAUCUUUUAAUCAGUAAAAAAAUGCAAAUUUCUCAAUGCAAACUAGAAUUGUGUCCUAUAAUUUAGAGCAAUUACAAAUCUGCAAAACAUACAUUUUCAUGUAAUUUGCAAAAUGUCUGGUAUUAUUAUUAUUUUCCAAAAUCCAUUCUCAACAUUUCUGUUACUUCUUAAACUGUCACUCUUUUAAUAAACAGCAUAUUUUUAACCCUGGAAAUAGGGGAAAUGUUUUCAUUUUUGUUUCUAACCAUGUAUUAUUACCUUGGGGGGGGACUUUUCUUUAUAUUUUGCUUUAGUUGGGAUUUUUUCAUUCUCUUGCAAUUACGUUUCUGUAAACUUGCUGCUAUCUAUAUUAAACAUAUGUACUUUAAA